GGCAGGGUCAGUUUCUGCUAUACAGCUUCUCUCCACACUUGCCCGUAUGACACCCCAUGAGGAUGCGCUAGCCGUCCUUACGCACAAGGCACUCUGUAAGAGAUAUGAUAACCAGAGGGCGGGCUGAGAGCUAAGGACAGUCGAGGAAAGAAUCUAUUGCGCACGGCGAGAGCGCGUAAGAUUGAAAUGAUUAGCGCGUUAUGACAUUACAACCAAGGGAAUGAGCAAUGCAAGACAUUGACUCAAACUGUUAGUUUUGCUUUUGUUUUUGUUUUUUGCUUUGAACUGAUUUUAAACUUUUUUUUUCAUUGAAAAUGUACAUCGAUAACUGAAAAUCUUCAGUUGGGGGAGCUUCGAUGCUUGAGUAUCCAAAGUGGAUAUAGCCUUAAAAACCAACGUAAAACCCAACAAGACACCAGGUAGGUGUCCCAUUGCCCUCAACCAUGUCUAUGCCACCAACUUUUGGAUUUACCCAAGAACAGGUUGCCUGCGUCUGCGAGGUCCUUCAGCAAGGUGGGAGUAUCGAACGUCUCGGACGCUUUUUGUGGUCCUUACCUGCUUGUGAGCACCUCCACAAAAACGAGAGCGUAUUGAAAGCGAAAGCCGUGGUAGCUUUUCACCGGGGCAACUUCAGGGAGCUCUACAAAGUAUUAGAGAGCCACCAGUUUUCUCCGCACAACCACCCCAAACUGCAGCAGCUCUGGUUGAAAGCUCACUAUAUCGAAGCGGAGAAAUUGCGCGGUCGUCCUCUGGGCGCUGUGGGAAAAUACCGCGUGCGCAGAAAGUUCCCGCUGCCUCGCUCCAUCUGGGAUGGAGAGGAAACCAGCUACUGUUUUAAGGAGAAGAGCCGGUGUGUGCUUAAAGAGUGGUACACUCACAACCCGUACCCUUCCCCGAGAGAGAAAAGAGAACUGGCCGAGGCCACGGGCCUCACCACAACGCAGGUCAGCAACUGGUUCAAGAACAGGAGGCAGAGGGACCGUGCAGCAGAAGUGAAGGAAAGGGAAAACGAUGGUGCAAAUCCAAACGGCCACAACCCACUGACCUCUCACGUGAAUGAAAACCAGUCUCUCUGUGAAAGUUCAGAGGACGACAAAUCUCCUGCAAUGACCCCGGAUCACACCUCCAUGAGCCCAGCCAUCCUCAUGCCCUCCAGCUCAGGUCUGCCACCCCUGCACAGCUUCGCCCCUCCGCCCGGGCCCAGCGCCUCCAUCAUCCCCGUCAGUGGUUCAGACACUCAGAGCCACCACCACUUCUCCAUGCACGACGGCCUUCUCAACACAAUGACGGCCAGCCUGGUGGAACUUGGAUCAUAAGAAAUAAAACACAUCAUCUUUGACUUCCCCCCCAGUUAUUAGCGUCGUUAUCAUAUAAGCCUACAAACAUUUUAUUAGCAUAGUCAAGCUUGUAGGACAUUAGACAAAAAAAUCCAAAACCUGCCAGAUGACGGGCCUACAUGAAAACUGGUUCCAUAAAAAUACUGUAACAAUACAAUGUAAUCAAGGGAUAGUUUUUGAUAUGUCUAGCUAUAAAAUGAAAAAAAUAAAGUAUAUAUUUAAUCAA